AGGCAGAUGUGCGGUGAGAAAGGAGGAAACAGAAGUGCCAGUGUAGCGGAAGUGGUACUGCCCUGAACGCUGAGCGAGACGGAGGACGGAGGCUCAAUCGUCCAGAGAGAGAAAAAAACCCGACCCCCCCUAAAAAAGCAGGAUUAAAAGUCACCAAUUUUUCUAGAAAAUGGAUAAGAACGACCUGGUACAGAAGGCCAAGCUUGCUGAGCAGGCUGAGCGCUACGAUGACAUGGCUGCAGCCAUGAAGUCGGUGACAGAGCAAGGUGCAGAGCUGUCGAAUGAGGAGCGCAACCUUCUCUCUGUGGCCUACAAGAAUGUGGUUGGUGCACGUCGCUCAUCCUGGCGUGUCAUUUCCAGCAUCGAGCAGAAGACUGAGGGCAAUGACAAAAAACAGCAGAUGGCACGUGAAUACCGGGAGAAAAUAGAAGCCGAACUGCAGGAAAUCUGCCAUGAUGUGCUUGGGCUACUGGACAACUUUCUCAUUGCCAAUGCAUCUGCUGCUGAGAGUAAGGUGUUCUAUCUGAAGAUGAAGGGCGACUAUUAUAGAUACCUUUCUGAGGUUGCGUCUGGGGAAACUAAGAAGGAUACAGUGGAGAACUCUCAGCAGGCGUACCAACAAGCUUUUGACAUUAGCAAGGGGGAGAUGCAGCCAACACACCCCAUUAGGCUCGGCCUGGCCCUCAACUUCUCAGUCUUCUAUUACGAAAUCCUCAACAACCCGGACAAGGCCUGUAGCCUGGCUAAAACGGCAUUUGAUGAAGCAAUUGCUGAACUCGACACUUUGAACGAGGACUCUUACAAAGACAGCACCCUGAUCAUGCAACUACUAAGGGACAACCUGACUCUGUGGACAUCAGAAAACCAGGCAGAUGAGGGCGAGACCGGAGAUGGGGAAAACUAAUGGAAUUGCACUGUUAAUCCACCUACACUCUUAUCUUAAACACAGACAGCUUAUAUACAUCCUCCCUCCCCCCCUCCACUCCAUCAGCCCCUCCCACUUCUGUAUGACAAGCAGCCUGAAUUGCUCCCGACCAACUAGUUUACCCCUCUCAGUUCACUGUGAGGUGACAGGGUAAUUUUUCAGUUGUUAGCAGAUUCAGUCACUUUGUGGAGACAUGUCGUAUUGAUUAGUGAGUCCAUGUUGCUGUUGUUUUUGUCAGCUUCGUGUGUAGGUCUGUAUGUAGUGAGCGUGAAAGUGUGAGUGACUGUGAAGCGAUUGCGCGUGCGAUUCCGGGGGGAGGGGGGUGUUGUGAAUUUGAAUCGUCCUUCCAACUUCCUUUGUCCCAGCUAGUUUGGUGUGCAUUUUUCAUCCCUUUUUUUUUUUUUGGGUUACUUAUUUGUGAUUCUUCAUGAUAUUUACAGGUUUUAAUGUAUGGUAAUUAAACUGGCAGUUGAUUUCCACCAAACACUGUGAUGGUAGGCUUUCCAUUUGCUUCACAACCCCCAAAAACAGUUUUUUUUUUUCUUUUUUUUCUUACAUGUGUGUUUGCAUUUCCAGACACAUAAGAUCCUGUAUUCAGUUAACUGCAAUUCUGCUGUGGAUUCAUACAGAAAGGAGGCAGGCUGUAUUGUGACACUGACAUCUUGGUGUAAUUUUCCUUGAUCAUGUUCACAAAUUCAGUUUUCAAGUUGUAAGGGACCCCUUAAAUUGUCAUGAUAGAUUUGUUUGGACAUGAGACAUUCCACAUUAUUAGGCUUUUUUGAAAACAGCAGUGCUCCUUUUUGUUUUUCUUUUUUUUUUUUUUUGAACUAAGUAUAGAUUGUCAUUGUAGUUUUCUCACUGUUCUGGUGCUGCUUGAUCUCAGUACAAUGAAAAUUGUAUGCGUAAAUGUGGUUCCAUGUAUUUUGCAAGAUUGACUAUCAUCUGUAUGUAAAACCUAAAGUAACCUUUUAUUGAUGUUAAUUGAAAAUGUCUUGCCACACUGUAUCAACCCUGCUUGCAAAAUAUUCCUCUUAAAGCGGUUGUUUUCUCCCAAAAAAAGCUUUUGUGCCUGGCUUUCUCUUGCAGCCUCCUGCAUUUUUUUUUUUCUUCUUUCAAGAUAGCAGCAUCUGCUUGUUUGAAAUCUCAUAGAACGAGUUAGACAACAAAAAUAAACCCUGACCUCAGUUUUUACCAAGGUGAAUCUCUCAGCUGUUAAAAGAUGGCUGGUGGGAAUAAUUGCCUCUUUAAAAAAAAGAAUCAGGUUUUAGAAGGUGAAAAGAAGCUCAGUGUCACAAUACCAUGAUAUCACCACUACAUUCCACAUUACUGUAGUUGAAGACACCAUUCCACGUUAUAGCUGGCGGUUUGUUUACUCUGACAAUGCUCCAAUAAAUUGAAAUCUUUUGUUGGGGAAAAAAUAAAAAAAAAUGUCAGUUCAUUAUUUUUGCUUGAUGAAAAUGCAGUUAGUGAAUGUGGAACGAAGCCUGUCUGUAUAUCAGGUAUUUACUUGCUUUGUUUUUACUGACAAGUCUUAUGGCUAAAAUUUGCUUCUGUAACAGUCUAUUACCCAGUGCACACACGUGGUUGUGAAAAUUUAGAAUAGCUAUUAAAAAAAAAGCAGUGAUGAAAUGGAGAUAAACAAUGGUUGGUGUAAUUCUAGCUUUGUGUUUAUGUAUCUUAAAACCAUUCUAGUUUCACUAUACAUGUAAGAAAUAGGAAAGUGUCAAAGACCAUUCAGUGAAAUAAAGUUUCGUUUAAGAUAA